UUUCUCGGAUACCAGCACUUAACUCGGUGAGGGUAUUGUUGCAGCGUGUUACUACUGUGUACCAAGCUAAUCCCAUCCUGUUAUUAACAGAGAAAAGUCCGGCUUCGGCUCUUGGAAUCCAUUCCUGUUUGACAGGUAGUGCGGCUUGUAUACUCAUUGAGGGAUGGAGGCAAAAGAACCAGGUCUGCUAGAAACAGAACCUCUGCAUGAAGUUGAUGAAGAAGCAAUUUCAGAUGUAGACAUAUCCAGCUUUAUUUCUGAUGAGGAACGGGAGGAGUUAAAAACUGAAUUGGCUAAGCUGGAAGAUGAAAUUCUAACAUUGAGACAAGUAUUGGCUGCAAAGGAGAAGCACCUGGUGGAAAUAAAGCAGAAGCUUGGUGUUAACACACUGAAUGAACUGAAACAGAACUUCAGCAAAGGAUGGCAUGACAUGCAGACCAUGACAGCUUACAAGAAGACUCAAGAGACCCUUAGCCAUGCAGGUCAAAAGGCAACAGCAGCUCUCAGUAAUGUUGGCUCUGCAAUAACAAAGAAAUUUGGAGACAUGAGGUCGCAUUCCAUUAGUUACUCAAUUCGCCAUUCAAUGAGUAUGCCUGCUAUGAGGAAUUCUCCUACCUUCAAGUCCUUCGAGGAGAAAAUGGAGAAUACUGUCACUACUUUUAAGACCAAGGUAGGUGGGAACAACAGCAGUGGCGGAAGUUUCGAAGAAGUCCUUACAUCAACAGCUCAUGCUAGUGCUCAGGACUCCAGUGCUGGAACUCGACUGCCUGAGGAUGAAGACCUCCAGUGUUAAUUUGUAUAAUCCUGACUAGUUGUAAAGCUGUCUACCUGAGAAAGUGCUCCUGAGUGGUGAAAGAAGUAAAAGAAAAUAUUCAUCAAACGUAGACAUAUAGUAAAAUGUCCUUUACAGAUCAUAUCAACACUAUUGUACCACAAUACUAUUCUAAUAAGAAGGCCAAAUUCAAGGCCCAUGGGGCAGGGUCAUUGCAUCUAAAUGGUGUCUAAAUCUAUUUUAGUGUAUCAUGCUUGGCUGGCUUGUUUUUGUAUAUCAUGUAAAGUAUUAUGCUGUUUCUGGAAUAUAAAAUCCUAAUGUCUCUGGA